AUGCAGACGCAGCGAAAGCGCACAGUAUCCUCAUGCAUUCCGUGCUACACCAGGAAGCAAAAAUGUAGCCGCGAAUGCCCCUGCAACCAUUGCAACCGCCGUGGUCGGCCGGAAGAAUGCGCCUAUUUCAGCUCCCACUCAAUUCGAGAUCCCAAGACGACCCCCCUCCAGACGCCAAGGUGGGACGAGGAAGACAAACAGAUUGGGUUGAUGCCGCAGAAGGAGAGGGUCGAAUCGAAAGCCUUAGAGGUUCCACCCCGUGCGGCAGGGUCGAAACAUUCGCCGGCCCACGCAUGCCCUUCAUCGCUGACAGAUGUUUUUGGAUAUUCUGGGGACAGCAGGUACAAUAUCGUGGUCCUGCUGCGGAGGUUAGGGCUACAAGAUGAGGGCCGACAAAGGAGUCACGGCCAGCUGGUGCCCCAGGAGAUGGCGGCGGAGGUUCAACACGCCCUCGAAAGGGUCCCAGACCGUCCGAUCCUCGAUUUCCUGGUCCGGUACUUUGUCGCAGAGGUUGAGUGGAUUGACCAGCUCCUUCACAUUCCCUCGUUUCUGGAUCAGUAUCGACGAUGGUGGACCCUCAAAACACCCUUUUCGGUCAGGGACGUUGAGUUUAUGGUUCUUGUGCUUCGCAUCUGCUCCUAUGCAUCUCUCUUCCUCCCCUCGCCCUCCUACACGAUCGAAAAGAUCCGGGGAAUGUUUUUGACCGAUAUUAGGAGUACUUGUCAUGAGGGGGGCAAUGACCUUGCGAUGAUAUGCCUGCGUCUGGAUGCCGGAGGUUCCUUGCUGCGCGUGACGCAUCUCUGCUUCAUGGGCUUGAAGUCCCAGUGCGAAGGACGGACGAGUGCCUUCUGGACCUCACUCGCCUGUGCAAUUCAGAUUGCUCGACGGAUAGAAAUGGACAGUGAGGCGAGCAAAUUCGCAUCCGGGGGCGGCAUAGAUCACAUUGAAAGGGAAACGUGGUGGAGGGUAUUUUGCAACCUCUUUAUAUGGGACAGUCUUCCCUCCAGACAGCUCGACCGCACUGAUGUGCUUCCAGUUCAGUUGAACGACAGCAACCCAGUGUUCCCUGGUCCAAACAUUCCGACCCCCAAGGGGUUCGUGGCGCGCGUUCUCCAGGCGCGCCUGGCUCAUUUCUGGAAGAGCGCCGUCACGGCCAAGGGCCAUCAGCAGUAUGAUAUCCUGGUCGCUGAAGCAAGAUAUGAGAAAUUCUGCACCGACUUCCUACCCAGUCUGCCGCCCGAGUUUGCGAUCGAUCAGCAACAGGCGGCUCCAGACCGACCGGUGGACGAGCACCCACAAGAUCCAAAGCUCCCCUUGCAAAGGCAGAUACUUCAUAUAGCCAUCUUCAGCUCCAUCUACUACAACUUCCAGCCAGCGCUCCUGCAGGACCCAGUCCAAAUUCGGUCCCUGCCCAAGUACAAGCAGGUCUUGCUGUCGUCUCAGGAAAAGGCCAUCGCCGUGGCGGCACUGAGGGUCCUCAACUGCGUUUCCUCCCUCCACGCGAUGAUGGGCCGGUCUCAGAGCCGAUUUCCUGGUAUCAUCCAGCCCGCAUUUGAGGCGGCUGUACUCCUUGCAGUCCUGUGCAUCAGCCGCGAGGAUCUCUGGGCGGAGACCGGCAAUAUUUGCAGCCACGCCGAUCUACCAAACACACAUGAUACCCCGAACCCACUCGGGGCCCAAAUCGAGGCCCUGAAGCGGGAGGACUGCAUGCGCGCCGUACAAGAUACACUCUGCCAUUUACAAAUGCUGGCCGAAGUGAGUACGUUGGCCGAGGUGGGCGCGCAAACACUAGCACGACUGGUAACUAAGGCUGCAAUACCCAAUGCCGUUCUCGCUACAGGGACGCCGGAACAAACUCAUAUUCAGGCGAAAGCGGGACACAUGAUAACAACAAAUAUAACUCCCGGGUUCAGCGGCGGGGAGGAUUGGAGUGAUACCAAUUUGAGUACGGAUAUAAACAUGCAUCUGCUGGAUUAUUCUGAUUCCCACUCCCUUCCAGCGUUUGACUCAACCAUGGCAUUUUCUGCUGACAUCAAUUGGGAAGUGUUGGAGCCGUCCGGUCUAUAG